AAGUUUACAGUAGUAGAGGCCGAUAGCAAAUAUAACAGUUGUCUGCAAGAAAACCUUAUAGCAUGUUGUUACAGUCAGAAUCGCCUCAUAGUUUCCCCUAUUUUAGCUAAAUCAAAACUAAAUAACUUCAUUAAAAUUUACAACUCUAAAAAUUUCCUAAAUUAUAUUCCGUUAAAGUUCAGAAGUAAGAAUUGUUAAUUAAAUCGCCCGAGGCGCUUGUAUUUGUUGUAUUAUCUGCCCCUGUGUUUAUACCAACACUCAACUGAUUACCAGCUUCGGACACUGUUUAUCUUCAGCCUGUGCUCCCUAUUAUAGCCACGAUCGCUCCUCGCAUUUUUACCUCAUUCAUAAUCUAUGCAAAAGUUUUUUUGUAUAUUAUCUAUCUACUGCCACAGAAUCACAUCGUAUAAUGUAAAUUAUAGAAUGUUGCAAGGACGAUUAAAAAAAAAGGGGGACUGCGAAAGAUAUUCAUGUUGGAGAAACUUAUAAAAGAAGCUUGAAAAUGAGACAAAUAAAAGUUAUAAACUAUUCGGCAUAAUUUAACGUUGUUUUGGAGGGAAAAUAUAACUGCCACUGAAAUGUAUCACUAUUCAAACUCAUUUGCUCUAGUCCAAAUUAUUAGACUAUUUGGGAAAAUAUUUUAAAAUUUGUUGUAUAACAGUUCAAUUACUUUUCAAAGUUUAUAAAAAAAAUUAUCUAAUGUCUUAUUUGUUGAAAUUCAGUUUAUAUUUUGAAUUUCUGGGGGCACAAAAAGCAAUCAAAUCAAAGUCUCAACAUUACUAAUGAACCAAAUGAAAUGAAAGACAGAAAAAAUAAAGAAGUUAGAAUCCCUUCGUAUUUUUUAGUUUAUUAGAUCAACAACUUACUUUUACUAUUUAAACUUAGUUGUUGAGAAAUCAGUUAAAACUUUUACCUACUGAUAGAAAUUUAACUGAUUUGAAAGUCAAUGGAGAAAACUUAUGUAGUUAACAUUAGUGGGAAAUCCUUCUCCAAAUAUGGCUCUCAUGGCCCAAAUGAUGAAGAAAGAGCACUUUCACCACAAGAUGAGCAAGAAGAGACAUUAGAUCUUUCUUUCCGAGACAACAGUCAUCUUAGUGUACCUAAUAAGCCUUAUGCAUGUGAUUUGUGUAGCAAAUGUUUUGCCCAAAAAUCUCAUUUAAAACAACAUUUAGUUACACACAGUGGAGAAAAGCCUUUCAAAUGUCAAGUGUGCGGAGAUGCUUUUUCUCGAAAUGGUAACUUAACAAGGCACAUGGGUAUUCAUGGGAAAACUAUUUCAAAUGGUAGUCCUAAGUCAUCUAUUUGUCAUUCAAGUAUGUCUCAUGAACAUAGUACAUCAUAUGAAGCAUCAACUUACUCAAAACCUAAAACAUCUAAAGUUAUAACAGCAAAUGAUAAACCUUUUAAAUGCCAAAUAUGCCCUUGUUCAUUUUCUCGCAACGGUGAUCUUACAAGACAUCUAAGAACACAUGGAACUUCUUUACCAUCAUUGUCUCAUACAGCUAACUGCAAAGUGUCAACUUCAUCAUCAUCAUCAGCGUCAUCAGUGUCGACAAAUCAGUUGCAUCAUAUUCAAAACCCAUUUAACUGUGAUGUUUGUUGGGAAACGUUUACGCAAAGAGCUAAGUUAAGCCAAGAUAUUCAUAAAAGGAUACAUAAGGCUUUAAAUCCUUUUCAAUGUGAAUCUUGUGGAAAAUGCUUCUCUCAAAGGACGCACCUGACAGUUCACCGACAACGGAUUCAUUCCAAUGGAAAGACACUAAACAAUUCAGACAAGCCUUCUUUGGAUAAUUCAUCUUCAACUCAUUUACAAAGCUCAAAUGAGAAGAGUAAUGAUAAUCCCCUCAGUUGUGAUGUCUGCUGGAAAGCCUAUUCACAAAGAAACCAUCAUGACUUACAUAAACGGAUUCAUUCUGCUGUGUUACCAUUCAAGUGUAAUAUAUGUUCCCAGGUGUUUACUGACCGGGGCGAAUGGAAACGUCAUCAGAGGUCUCAUCUUGGCAAAAAGCUCUACUCUUGCAGUCUUUGCAAUAAAACAUUCUUAGAAAGAUCACACUUAAAAGUCCACCAUCGAAUUCACACUGGAGAGCGACCAUUCAAGUGUGGCACCUGUCAGUUUGCAUUUGCAAGGAAAGAUCAUUUAGAACGGCACCUUCGAGCCAACAAAUGUAAUAACAAAAUGAAUGAUGAUUGUAGAAAUUCACCUGAUAGCAAUAACGCCAGUAACGACUCACAUAGUGAUUUAAUCCAGUUACAUUCUCAUCAUCAUCACCAUCAACAACAACAACAGCAACAACAACAUAUGAACGACAGCAGUGCACCACCUACAACUGCUCUAGUGCCUGCAAAUUCUGUGUUGGCUCAUUCUCAUCAUUCUGACACUUCAUCUGGUACAUUAGUGCAAACUUCUCCACAACUAGAUAUUGCAUCACCCCAUCCUGCUACAACAGACCUCAUUUCUGCCGCUAAUAACACUCAGAUGUACCCUGCCACUAUUCAGAUGUACCCUACAAGCAUACAAUUAUAUUCAGGUGCACCGGUUUUCCCAACAAUUCAAGGAGCAACUUUUCUCUGUAUUUAGAUUACCUGCAUAUUAUCAGUACUAGAAAGGGGAAAAAAAUGCUCCCAAUAUUUAAAAUUUAUUUUAAAUCUCUACUGCUGGUUAUCAUCAUUAUCAUCAUGUCAUCCACAACACCAUUGGAAUUAGACCAGAGUUGUCUUUGAAUGCUUUCAAUACAUUUGAAAAACACACACAUGCAUGCACACACAAAUUUGUGCAAAUAGAUAAGUAUUUUUCACUUUUUACCUCACUUUCUUAUGAAUCUCCUUUUUGCCAGACCAUUAGAUACACAAUCACAACAAAAUAUUGUUCCUUAAUAUGUGUGUGCAAGUUAUACAAAAUAUAUAUAUAUAUAUAUAUAUAUAUAUAUAUAGGCAAGUCUUCUUUUGUGUUUUUCCAUUUUCUUUUCCACAAAUGAAUCCUUUUUCGAUCUUGUAUUUCCCUUCAAUUUUCGAAAUAGUAAUUUUAAAAUAUAGAUACUAUAGGAACUUUACAUAUGAGCAUUUUGGAAUUUUAUACACACACGCACACACACACAUACGUGCGCACACUGUGUGCACAUGGGUGUGGGUGUAAGUAAAUGUUACAAUUUAAGGGCAACCAUAAGAUCAAGGGAGAGAAUUCACUUACUUGAAAGAGAAGAUGAAGGAGAGACUUGAGAGUGAUUGAACUUCAGUCUAUACACAUGUCUUUAGUACUAAACACAGCUUCUUGGUGGUAAGCAUGGAAACCAAGGGGAUAUUUAUUAACAAACUUGCAACAUAUUUGAUGAAGCAUUGACUUUGUAAACAUCUUUCUUGGUUGGUGACAAAACUACUGUAACCAAUUGGAAGUGUGAAAUAUCUUGACUACAUACAUUUUAACGAUUUCACUGGUGAAAUCUUAAAGACAUAUACAGUCUUACAUACAAUAAGUCACAAAAGCCAUUAAAUGGCUAACUUUUUGGUGUUGUUGAUUGCAGUUUUGAAUUCGACUUUCACUCAUCAAUACUUGUAUAUUGAUUACAUUUUAUGUACACAUCAGUUUAUAAAUAUAUGGGAAUAUUUGCAUUUAUUCAUAUUUGCAUGUGCAUGGCAAAUGCAUAUGUAAACUUUCAAAAAUAUGCCAUGAUUGAUGGAAGGUAUUUUUCUAUGUCCCUUGUUCUUUCUUGCUUUUAAACUUAAAGUGUAACCUUGAUAAGAUUAGAAAAUAAGUUUAUCACAUCCAUAUCAACAAAGGAUUCUCAUACCCAAAAUCAAAGUAACAAUCAUAUUGUUCAUUUGCACAGUUUAAAAAAAUCGUCUCAGCAAAACUGUAUUCAGAAUUGAAGUAAUUUAGCUAAAUUAAAAACUAGAUCUUUUAAAAUAUUUCAUCGUUGCUAAUGUUAUUGAUUCUGAUAUGCAGAUACCUACCUCUAAUAUUCAGAUUUUGCUGAAUAGUAUA